AUGGGUCCGUACCGUGUGAUCAAGGUGGUUUCCAACCACCUCAUUGAAGUCCAACAGUUGACCCCACCGGAAGCGAUCUCCCUGCAACAUGUCAGUCGACUGCGUAUGUACUGCGAGGGCGGCCUCGAAGUCGACGAAGACCUGAAGGCUCAGAUUGCGUUUGGAGAUGAAGGUUCUACGUCGAGGCCAUACAAGACCUACGCAUGCACGAUACGGUCUGGCAAUUGA